CCAUAGACCGUAUAAAUUAUAAUUUGAAAUCUAGCCUCACAAUGAAGCACUAUGAACCAAACGAGUUUGACUUUAACAUAGAAGUGUUUGAACUGGAUAUGAAACCCAUGGAGAUCCUACUGGAUAUUAAAUCUGAACGUGACCAGGAACCCACUUUGGAAAUUGAUGGAUCGUCCCCCACAUGCAAGAUCCCGAAAUGCACCAAAGUCGAGCCGGAGUCCAAUAACCUGGUUAAGUUAAUGACGUUAGAUUUGAAACAGGACAUCGAUGUGAUGGAUACGAGCCAACCUUACAUUAGUGAUGAACUCCAUAGCGAUAUAUCACAGCAGGCCGAACAUAGUGAUAGCAAUGUCAACACUAAACCGACUAGGCAGCGGGUGAAAAAAGUAGUCCCAGCGGCACAGAGAACAAGACCAAAGAGUGAUCUAAAUGUGCAAACGAAUGGGGAUAGCGCGGCGAAAGUUCCCAAAGUGUCGAGUCAGCUUACCUGUUUCGAAAUCCGUCGUCUGACGCCGGAGGAGCAGCAGGCGGCGAUGGCGGCGCGCGCGCGCUCCUCUCGCUACCUCGACGCGCCCUACAAGUGCGACCUCUGCUACAAGGGGUUCCUGUCCGAGACUACGCUCGCCAAGCACGCCGUGCGGCACACCGAGAUAUGCGGCAACUACAUGUGUUCGUUGUGCAAGUUACGGUUUCGGCUGAAGAAUAAAAUGCGUCGGCACAUCGAAAUCCACGUCACCAGGUACACCUGCAAAGUUUGCGGCCUGGUCGCGCACCACAGUAGUAGAGCAAAUUAUCACCAGAAGGAGCACGAUGGCAACGUCUACAAGUGCCCGCACUGCCCCGUCAUACUCCGCAAGCACACAUCGUACAUGUCGCACCUGCGGAUGAAGCACUUGUCGCGGUUCUCGUGCGAGCUGUGCGGCUACACCUUCGUCAGCGAGCGCGGCGUGCGGGCACACAAGAACAAGAGCCACGUCCUGGACGUGCAGGUGGAGCUGACCGGUCCGUACUGCGAGGAGUGCAAGCUGCGGUUCGCCAGCGACGAGGCCUAUCAGCGCCAUCUCACACAGUCCUCCGUACACAGCAGCGACAGUAACCCGAGCCGCGUCCGGAAUGAGAUACAUUAUACUACAGAUAAGGUGCAACCGCGGAAGAGGGUCAACCCGGUACCUUGCGAGGAGUGUGGCGAGCAGCAGGUCAGCUACAGAGCGUACGCGCGUCACUUCCGUGCGGCGCACCCCGGCCUCGUCCGCACCAAGUUCAGGGGCAACUGCAUGUGCGAGCAGUGCGGCAGGAGGUUUCCGUGCGCUGCGCUGCUCCGGGAGCACAUGGCGUGGCACGAGGACGUGAAGCGGCACCGGUGCGACGUUUGCGACAAGACGUUUAGCACCAAGUACCAACUGGGGAAGCACAGACUGAAGCACGGGUCGCAGCCGCUGCCGACGUACCCCUGUCCGCACUGCGAGCGCACCUUCUCGUCCCCUGCCAACCGCGCCCGCCACGUGAAGACGGUGCACGAGCGCUCGGUACGAUUCGAGUGUAAGAUCUGUGACAAGGAGUUCACGACGAUGGAGAGCAUGCGCAAUCACAUCGACCACGUGCAUCACAAGAAGCCGUGGCCCAAGCGCGUGCGCGCGCCCCGCUCGCGCUCGCGUCCGUCCACGGACCGAGAGUGAUCUUUUUAACCGACUUCCAAAAACGAGGAGGUUAUAU